ACGCGUGGCGUGGAUCUAUGAAUCCAAUCAAAAGAAAUGUCGAAUAUCAUCAGAAAUUGUCUUCAAACGAGAGGAGCGCCAACCAGCCUCCAGCCUUGCUGCUCUUCUGCCUAUAAAGAUUUCUAAAUCAUUCCUUUCCCACUCGAUCAUCGUCUUCAAUUAUUCCAUCAACGCCCAUCUCUGCGAUUUCCGACCUUUCAAUUUGUUCAAUAGUUUUCCUGAGAAGCUAGAGUGUCUGAGAUGGCUCCCAAGGAUGAUAAGAAGCAAGGCGGUGGAUUCUUGGCCUCCAUCGUUUCGAGCUUUGCGAAUUUGGGCAAUGUUGUCAAUGGUUUGAUGGGUUACGAAGGGCUGGAAGUAGUAAACCCCGAAGGAGGCACUGAAGAUGCUGAAGCGGAAGCCCAGAGAGGAAGGUGGAGACAGGAGGACCGGGACAGUUACUGGAAGAUGAUGCACAAGUAUAUAGGCUCUGAUGUCACAUCAAUGGUGACACUUCCUGUUAUGAUUUUUGAGCCGUUGACGAUACUGCAGAGAAUGGCAGAGUUGAUGGAAUACUCCCACUUGUUAGACCUGGCAGAUGAAUGUGAGGAUCCCUACCUGCGAUUGGUGUAUACUUCAUCAUGGGCUAUAUCAAUGUAUUACGCCUGUCAACGUACCUGGAAGCCUUUUAAUCCAAUUCUUGGUGAGACUUAUGAAUUGACCAAUCAUGGUGGCAUUAAAUUUAUAGCAGAGCAGAUUAGUCAUCACCCUCCAAUCAGUGCUGCACAUGCUGAAAAUGAGCAUUUCGCUUAUGAUAUCACAUCAAAGUUGAAGACCAAAUUUUUAGGGAACUCGCUUGACGUUUAUCCUCUCGGAAGGACACGUGUGACGCUCAAAAGAGAUGGUGUAGUCCUAGAUUUGGUGCCCCCUGCUACAAAAGUUAACAACCUCAUAUUUGGACGUACUUGGGUUGAUUCACCAGGGGAGAUGAUCAUGACAAACUUGACCACUGGGGACAAAGUCGUAUUAUAUUUUCAACCAUGUGGCUGGUUCGGAGCUGGUCGUUAUGAAGUGGAUGGAUAUGUAUAUAAUGCUGCUGAGGAACCCAAGAUUUUGAUAACUGGGAAAUGGAAUGAGUCAAUGAAUUAUCAACCUUGUGACUUGGAAGGAGAGCCCCUUCCUGGCAGUGAACAAAAGGAGGUUUGGAGAGUUGCUGAUGUUCCGGAAAAUGAUAAAUUCCAGUUCACAUAUUUUGCACACAAGAUAAACAGCUUUGAAACUGCUCCCAGGAAGUUGUUGGCAUCAGAUUCUCGUUUGCGUCCUGAUAGAUAUGCACUUGAGAAGGGUGAUCUAUCCAAAUCUGGUUCUGAAAAGAACAGACUGGAGGAGAAGCAGAGAGCUGAAAAGAGAAACCGAGAGGCUCAGGGCCAUCAAUUUACUCCUAGAUGGUUUGACAUAACCAGUGAGAUUUCUCCUACGCCUUGGGGUGACUUGGAAGUAUGUCGCUACAAUGGAAAAUACUCUGAAUAUCGAGCUUCUGUAGAUAGCUCAGACAGCAUUGAAGAAGUCGAUGUCAGCUCAACAGAGUUCAACCCCUGGCAGUACGGAAAUUCGGUUUCUGAAUAAGGCAUAUCACAUAUGUUAAUACAUUUAUAUGCUUUCUCUUAGUCAUUGUGGCAUUGUACUCUGUUAUUUUGUUAGCUUUACAUAUAAUUUUAUGUACACAAAUUUUUGCCCUUUUAUUGCUUUUAUCAGAUCCAGUAUUGGAGUUAAAAUUUAA